CAGCCCGGACUUCGUCUGCGCUCCGCCACCCCUGCAAGGUAGGACGCUGCUGCGGAGGCUGCCGCCCCGCGGAGGCAGGAUACUGGGGUGGGGCCGGGCCGAGGGCCUCACCUUUCUUCUGGGCUUGAAGUGGCCCGGCUUCCUCAAUGCUCGCGGGAGGAGGAGGCGGGCAAGCGGGGCUUCGGCGUCUCUCCACCUCCUCGGGCGGCAGAAGAGGACAAGGGUUUGCGUGACCGGUUCACUUCUGACACCUGGCGUUGCAGCAGCCUGUUUGAACAAUGGAGGCGGAAGAUGAGAUGGAAAAGAUCAAUAUUGUCAGCGAAAACAACCAGGAGAGCGAGCCGGAAGAUCAAGGGGAGGCGCUGCUGGGCACCCCGAAGAGCCUGCCCAGCAGCUGGCAACACAAAUGCGCCUCUUAUGUCCUGGCCCUCCGCCCCUGGAGCUUCAGCGCCUCCCUCACCCCGGUGGCCCUAGGCAGCGCUCUCGCCUACCGCUCCCUGGGGACCUUGGACCCUGGGCUCCUGGUCGGCAGCGCAGUGACUGUCUUGGCCGUCCACGGGGCCGGGAACCUCGUGAACACCUACUACGACUUCUCCAAGGGGAUCGAUCACAAGAAGAGCGACGACCGGACCCUGGUGGACCGGAUAUUGGAGCCCCAGGAUGUGGUCAGAUUCGGGGUCUUCUUGUACACCCUUGGGUGCAUAUCUGCGGCCUGCCUCUAUUGCCUCUCUACCCUCAAGCUGGAGCAUCUAGCCCUGAUCUACUUCGGAGGGCUCUCUAGCUCCUUUCUCUAUACUGGAGGCAUUGGCUUCAAGUACGUGGCACUGGGCGACGUGGUGAUCCUCAUCACCUUUGGGCCGCUGGCCGUGAUGUUCGCCUACGCCGUGCAGGUGGGCUACCUGUCGGUCUCGCCCUUGCUUUACGCCGUCCCGCUGGCCCUGAGCACCGAGGCCAUCCUGCACAGCAACAACACCCGGGACAUGGAGUCGGACCGGCAGGCCGGCAUCGUCACCCUGGCCAUCCUCAUUGGGCCGACGUUCUCCUACUUCCUGUACAACGCCCUCCUCUUCCUGCCCUACCUGGUCUUCUGCGUCCUGGCUACCCGCUACACCAUCACGAUGGCCCUCCCGCUCCUCACAAUCCCCAUGGCUUUCUCCCUGGAGAGGCAGUUCCGCAGCCAGAGCUUCACCAAGAUCCCCCAAAGGACAGCCAAGCUCAACCUCUUGCUGGGACUCUUCUACGUCUUUGCCAUCCUCUCGGCACCCCCGGGGGCCCUUCCAAAGCUCUAGGGGGAGGGAGUUCUGUGGAGGUGGCCGUGGCUGAAAACUCCAGGUUUUCCCUUGAGAACUGGGUGCAGUGGAAGUCGAUCCGUCGGGGCGAGAGGGGUUGCUGCUCCACCAACUUCGGCUUGCAUCCAGUCCAGGGUGGUGGUCCUGGCUGUCGGCUUCCUCCUUCUCCUUAGUCU